GCAUGGCACUCUCGGCCUUCGGCCACCAAAUCUUCCAUCUUCCUCCGCUGUUUUCAUCAACCCUUGUCGCACCACAUCUCCCGGUUGCAGGGGCAGGGUUUGUGCUCUCUUUAAAGGCCGUGAGAAGCCAGCAUCUGACGAUUUAUUCUUCAGGCAGAAGUCCUAACUGGGAUGUAUCUAAGAAAACCAAGAGCUAGCAGUGCAGAGAAAGCCUUGUCAUACCAAGAACAGCAAACAAAGAUAAAUGAAGUCCGAUGUCUCUUGGGUCAAUUGGCAGAAAGGCUGCCAAAUUUCUGUUCAGAUGCUUCAAUACUGCGGUAUCUCCGAGCAAGAAAUUGGGAUGUUCAGAAGUCAGGUAAAAUGCUGAAGGAAACUCUAAAGUGGAGAUUGGAAUGUAAACCGGAAACCAUCCGCUGGGAAGAUGUUGUCCAUGAGGCUGAGACAGGAAAAAUCUACAGAGCUAAUUAUCUUGAUAAGUAUGGAAGAGCAGUUCUUGUAAUGAGGCCUGGAUUUCAGAAUACUAGCUCAGCCAAAGGGCAGAUCAAGUACCUGGUGUACUGCAUGGAGAAUGCCAUCUUGAACUUGGCAGCAGAUCAAGAACAGAUGGUGUGGCUUAUUGAUUUCCAGGGCUGGACUAUGGCAAGCACAUCGGUGAAGGCGACCCGUGAAACAGCUCGUGUGUUGCAGGAUUAUUACCCCGAAAGACUGGCUCUAGGAAUCCUCUACAACCCCCCAAGAAUCUUCGAAUCCUUUUCAAAGGUAGUGAAGCCAUUUGUGGACCAGAAGACAUACAAAAAGGUUAAAUUUGUUUACUCGGAUGAUGCAGAAAGCCAGAAGAUUAUGACAGACCUCUUCGACAUCAAUAAGCUGGAAUCUGCGUUUGGGGGUCAUAAUCAAGAUGGAUUUGAUAUCAGCAGUUAUGCUGAACAAAUGAAAGAGGAUGACAAGAAGAUGUCUGAUUUCCUCAACUCAGGAGGUUCUGUGCUCUCCAAAGAACCAUCCCUUUUGUCCAUUCUCCAGAAACCAGAGCCCUCGACAUCUGAAGCCCUGUCACAGGGCUCAUCAGAUUCGUUUUCCUCGGGUGAUGAGGAAUCUCCCAGGUCACUUCAUGUCAAAAACUCAAACCAAAAUUUGAAUGCACCGCAGGUGAACCGCAGUGACAGUGGAGCUGCUAAAUCAGAAGCUCAACACGAGCUGAUGAUUCAAAUGAGGGAGUCUGCUUAAUUGAUGCAUAAACCUUUUCUCCGUCAUGAGAUAAUUGUUGGAAUGUUAAAUUAAAUUUUAUAUCUAGAUUAGAAGUUCGACUUUGAGAUUCCUGAUAUAACCAGGAGUGCCAAUAAAUCAAGUUAGAUCAUGGUGCAUAUGACUUUGUAACAUCAGAGAUUAAAAGAGACAUUGAAAAAUGAUAAAUAAAGUUUUUGUUAUCCAUA